UGAAUAUGUACCUAAUGGUGAGAAGCUUAACCUGAAUUCAUUACAUUCCAUCUUCUAGGCUUAACCAGGUCACCAGGCUUUGACCUUCCAGAAACUACUAUUACAUUGUGCCACGAUACCUCUUCACUUCUUUUUGCGCAAACCAAAAUAAAUCAAAAUAAACCAUUGUACCUGCCACAGUCCCUUCAAGUUCCACUUGGCACUGCAUCUUCAUAUCUUCCUGAGCCACCCCUCCAUUCUUCGUCCCUCAUCUACCUAGUGCUGUGUCAUCAUGUCCACCACUCUAGUCAACGGCGACGAAGGCCUUGAGCCAACACUACAGUCUAUUCUAGAUCAGAGAACCUUGCGAUGGAUUUUUGUUGGUGGUAAGGGUGGUGUGGGAAAGACGACAACCUCAUGCUCCCUGGCCAUACAGCUCGCCAAAGUCCGCCGCUCUGUCCUGCUCAUUUCCACCGAUCCCGCCCACAAUCUGUCCGAUGCCUUUUCGCAAAAGUUCGGCAAGGAGGCGCGCUUGAUCGAUGGCUUCACCAACUUAAGUGCCAUGGAGAUCGACCCGAAUGGAAGCAUACAAGACCUACUAGCUGGACAGGCUGAUGACAACACUAACGACCCAACGGGUGGUAUGGGAAGCAUGAUGCAAGAUCUAGCGUUUGCAAUUCCCGGAAUAGACGAGGCCAUGUCCUUCGCAGAGGUCCUGAAGCAAGUCAAGUCACUUUCAUACGAGGUCAUCAUCUUUGAUACCGCACCCACCGGCCACACCCUCCGUUUCUUACAAUUUCCGUCCGUAUUGGAGAAGGCUCUCGCCAAGGUCUCCCAACUUUCUACCCAAUACGGCCCAUUGCUAAAUGGCUUCCUCGGCAGCCAAGGCACCCUUCCAAAUGGCCAGAACCUGAACGAGAUGAUGGAGAAGCUCGAGAGCCUUCGUCAGACUAUUUCUGAGGUCAACACACAAUUUAAGGACGAGAACUUGACCACCUUCGUAUGCGUCUGCAUAGCCGAAUUCUUGAGUUUAUACGAGACAGAACGCAUGAUCCAGGAGUUGGCUGGCUACGGCAUCGACACCCACUGCAUUGUGGUGAACCAGCUGCUGUUUCCUAAGCAGAGCAGCAACUGCGAACAAUGCAACGCACGACGGAAGAUGCAGAAGAAAUACCUGGAUCAGAUCGAGGAGUUGUACGACGAGUUCAACGUCGUCAGGAUGCCGCUCCUGGUGGAAGAAGUUCGCGGCAAGGAGAAGCUGGAGCGGUUCAGCGAAAUGCUGAUCCAGCCCUAUGUACCCCCGGAGUAGUUCGCAUCAGUACAGUCCAUUGACUUGUGUGGAGUCUAGUAGCGCGGCGUUUUGAUGCUCUUGGCUGUGUGAAUGUGUAAUAUAGGGGGGUGAUUCCUAGGAAUUUUAAUCAAGGCUCUGGUUUUAAUGGCAUACGGACGGUAUACAUGCUUACAAGAUAUGCAAGCACGUACAUAAACCAAUACGCCCGAGUCUUAAUUCCGCUACUAGCAACAGUGAAAUACUGUAAUGGAAAAGCAAUCUCAGACCUCACCGCCGACUACUACGCCUUAGACAUAGAAAUGAAAUCGAUUAAACAAUAAAAAGAUCGCCUAAGUUUUUCUAAACUCCGAAUAAUGCUGCGAGGGGAUUUUCAUCGCAUGGAUAGGCGCAUAGUCGAUCCUAGGUAGUAGGUAGACAAAAGUCCACAGCUUCUAGAAUUAGACAUAAGUGGGUGCGUAAUCGACGUAUUUACAGGUAUCGAUCGUGUAUGCUGGUAGCGACGUUUCAACCCGUGACAUCAGGAACAUUGCUUUUUUUUACCCUCCAU